UUCCUGUCUGUCAUAUGAUAAACUGCAUAACAGGAGGAGGAACUUGACUUGAACCUUAUAUUCAGCUGUUUUAGCCCUUUUGACACAGUCAUCAUGAAGGCAGCAGCGACCCUCCUGGCUCUCUCUCUCCUUCAAGCCUGUUCCUCAGUCCCCGUCAGCCGCCCCACCAACUGGCUCAGACAAUGUCGAGCCUCCACCAACCUCUCCAUCACAGCACUGGAGGUGCUGCCAGGUGGAGGCUGGGACAAUCUCAGGAACACGGACAUGGGUCGAGUCAUGAACCUCAGCUACUUCCAGUGCCAGACCACCGAGGACGGGCUCUACCUCAUCCCAGAUGAGGUGUUCGUCAUCCCCCACAAGGAGACAGGUGUGGAGACCAACUCAGAGAUCAUCAGCUCCUGGCUGGAGCAGAAAAGCUCAACAUCAAGCUCCAUAAAUGCAGACAUUUCCUUUCUCAGCUUGCUGAAUGGCAAGUUUUCUCAAGAGAACCAGAGGAUGAAAACCCAUCAGGUCAAAGAUUCUUCAACUACAGCCAGAGUCCAAAUUCGUAACUUCAUCUACACAGUUAAGGCAUAUCCAGACUUCACUUUGGACGCACGCUUUGCUCAACAAGCCAAAGAUAUCGCAGAUGCAAUUGAAAACAACCAAACCAGGAAUGCCAACUAUCUCUCAGAGAAGAUGGUGCUGGACUAUGGAACCCAUGUUAUCACUAGUGUCGACGCUGGAGCCACUUUGAUGCAGGAGGACUACCUCAGUUCUUCAUACGUGACAGACAAUGUGUCACAAAGUUCCUCCAUCACAGCGCAGGCAGGCUUAAACUUUUUUGACAAACUCAAGUUUGACAUAAGCAGUCAAAAUACCCAACAGAGCUCAUCACUGCAAACCUAUCAGUCCAACAUUAAGUACUCGCUUAUUCAGAGCAAUGGUGGCGGCACACCCUUCUAUCCUGGCAUCACUCUGCAGAAAUGGCAGGAAAAUAUCAGGAACAACCUGGUUGCUAUUGACCGGUCAGGCUUCCCUCUACAUUACUUUAUAAACACCAACACCUUCCCUGAUCUGCCACAGCCGACAGUCGGCAAAGUGGCCCUUGCAGUGAGUCAGGCUGCUGAGCGUUACUACAAGGUCAACACGCGGCCUGGAUGUGUCGACAUCAGCUCCAAGAACUUCAACUUCCAAGCCAACAUUGAUGAUGCAUCCUGUGAAGGCCCCGCCACAAACCUCAGUUUUGGUGGCGUGUACCAAGAGUGUGUUCCUCUCAGCACGGAUGCUGGUCCACUAUGUGAAGCGCUGGCCCAGAAGAACCCUGAUACAGGGGCUUUCACAUGUCGUUCGCCUUACUCUGCUACUUUACUGAGAUCAGAAGUGAGACAGCAGGGUUACACAACCUAUGACUGCUAUGACCAACGCUACCGGUGUGGAUUUUUGGGCCUAUCACAUUGCCAUCGCCAAGUGUGUCAGGACAACUACCAUGUUCGCUCUGCUCGCAUCAACACCAACUGGUGCUCCGUAAACGGACAGGCCCCAGAAAACUCAGGGUAUCUGUUUGGAGGCAUAUACAGCCCCUCUCUCCUGAACCCCCUCACCAAUGCCAAAAGAUGCCCCGCAAACUUCAUUCCCUUGAAGUUUCUCUCAGAUGGCCAAGUGAUCUGUGUGAGUAACGACUAUGAAGCUGGCAGCAAAUACGCAGUUCCAUUCGGAGGCCUCUUCAGUUGUGAGUCAAGCAACCCCUUGGCAAGGGAUCAGCGUCGCUGCCCUUCUAAGUUCAGUCAGCACCUCGCCACAGUGAGUGACGGCUGUGAAAUCCUUUACUGUGUUCAGUCAGGUCUGUUCACAGGUGGGCAGCUGCUUCCGAUCCGUCUGCCUCCUUUCACUAAACCUCCACUUGUCAGCAUGCAAGCCACAAACACAGUCAUGGUGAUGACUGAAGGAGAGAAGAGCUGGGUCAGAGUGGGGCAGACGAAGGCGUGGAAACUGGCCAAACCAGAGGAAAUCAAGGAGAUUGUACGGGAGCUUAACCCAGAACUGAAUCAGAUGUCUAGUGGUGAAAAGGCAGGGGUAGCCUUUGGGGUGAUGGGUAUGAUGGCGCUGGUGAUAGUGGCGGUAGUCCUGGUGAGGAGAAGGAGGAGGCUGUCUGUGUUUAGCCGAGCUCGAGGCUAUGAGGAAAUACGUGGAGAGGUCGAGCGUAACGAAGAAGGACAGACCGAGACACAGCAAGGAGAGGCCUAGAGGCUUGACACCCCGAGAGGUUAAUCUAGUGCGGCAGAUCUUGUUUUUAACUUCCUUGUUGAUUCUCAACUCAAAAAUAACUGUCAUGCAUUUUACAGGGGGGAAUUUUUUUCUCACACAUGUUUAAGAGUUCCUAGUUUGAAUCAUUUAGAUUUUGUAUUUGCACUUAUUCUUUUGAGGCAACUCUCAAACCAUUUAGCAAUUCACAUCCACAUUUUAACAACUGCUAUGGAAAGUAAAUGUAAUGCCUUUACCAAUUAAAUUUAAGCAUUUGCUUAGCAUAGGUCAACUCUGUCGUUUGCACUUAAAACAUGUGACUCCACAGCAAUCUGCCUUUGAAGUCAUCAAAUGUCACAAAGCAGAAAUGCUGUAGAAAGAUGAGGCAUUACUGCCCCCAUGAGGCAGAGAUGAAUAAUGUCAUUUAACAUAAAUAUUUUUAUGUCCUUGUUUUUACCUUACCUUUCAUAAAGCAUGCAUUUUAUAUAUUGUUUACAGAUGAGUAAAUAACAUAUUUUUUUUAACAAAUGAAUAAAAGAAGAAGCAUUGGAUUAAGGAUUUAUUAUGUUUUGUACUUUACCUUUUAUAUCAUGCUACUAAAAUUGACACAAAUUGUAAAUGUUUGUCAAUUAAACUGUUCUGCACUGCACUUAACUACUGAUUAAAGUUGUUUAAAACUA